CUCCACACUCCACAGUAUCUUCCCUGUUGUCUGUGCGGCCGUGGUUCUCUUUCGAAGUGGCCAUUUUGAAAACUUGGUCGUACAUUAAAAAUAGACAGAAACAAUGUCCUCUCCAAAGUUGGAGAUGGCUGUUGGCCUCCAAAAAGGUCACAAAGUCACAAAAAAUGCAAUGAAGCCAAAACCUUCAAGAAGAAAGGGAGUUUGCAACAAACGUGUGAAACUUAUCCGGGAUUUGAUCAGGGAAGUUACAGGAUAUGCUCCCUAUGAGAAAAGAUGCAUGGAAAUGUUGCGCAUUGGGAAAGACAAAAAAGCUCUCAAAUUUGUCAAGAAAAGGCUUGGAACCCAUCGACGUGGCAAGAGAAAACGCGAAGAAAUGCAAGGAGUUAUUGCUGCUCAAAGAAAGGCUCAGCAUUAAAUAUUUCGAUCACAUUGUGCUAAUAAAUGUUGAAAAUUAA